GAACCAAUUUUAUGCAAAGCUUAGUUGGAUAUUCUCUUGCCUGUUACAUACUUCAACUUAAGGAUAGACAUAAUGGGAACAUUUUAUUAAAAAGAGAUGGCCAUCUAGUUCAUAUAGAUUUUGGAUUCUUCUUAGGGAAUGCUCCAGGGAAGGGAAUUGAAAUUGAAAAUAAAGUUCCCUUUAAAUUGUUGAGUGAAUAAAUUGAAAUCCUUGGUGGUGUUCAAAGUGAUUUAUUUAAGAAGUUUAGGGAACUAUUUUAUAAAGGUUUCAUGGCACUUAGGAAACAUAGUGAUAGAAUUUUGUUACUUGUAAAAAUGAUGUAAUACAUAAAACUAUAUCUAAAGGUAUUGUGGACAUAAGAACUCAAUGCCAUGUUUUAAAAGAGGAGAUAAAUCCAUUACUCAAUUGGAAGAGAGAUUUUUUUUGUAUGAGGAUGAUAAUCAAAAAUUAAAUGUUAUUUGUUAAAAGUAGAAUCAUUCAAAUUAUAUUUUAGCAUCAUUAACUCGUCUAUUGAUAAUUGGAGAGCCAAAUGGUACGAUAAAUACCAAUAUUAUGUGUAAGGCAUCUUUUAUUGA